AUGUUUAUAAUCAAUGUUCUCCUCCUAAUCGUCCCAAUCCUGCUCGCCGUAGCAUUCCUCACACUAGUUGAACGAAAAGUCUUAGGCUACAUACAACUUCGUAAAGGACCCAACAUCGUAGGCCCCUAUGGCCUACUACAACCCAUUGCCGAUGCCCUCAAACUAUUUAUCAAAGAACCACUACGACCACUAACAUCAUCAACAUCUAUAUUUAUUAUCGCACCAAUCCUAGCCCUUACCCUAGCCUUAACCAUAUGAAUCCCUCUACCCAUACCAUACCCACUAAUUAAUAUAAACCUGGGAAUCCUAUUCAUACUAGCCAUAUCCAGCCUAGCUGUCUACUCGAUCCUUUGAUCAGGAUGAGCCUCAAACUCAAAAUACGCUCUAAUUGGAGCCCUACGAGCAGUAGCACAAACCAUUUCAUACGAAGUAACUCUAGCAAUUAUUCUACUCUCAGUCCUCCUAAUAAGCGGAUCGUUCACACUAUCAACACUUAUCACCACCCAAGAAUACCUAUGAUUAAUCUUCCCAUCAUGACCCUUAGCCAUAAUAUGAUUCAUCUCAACAUUAGCUGAAACCAACCGAGCUCCAUUCGACCUAACAGAAGGAGAAUCAGAACUCGUCUCCGGAUUCAAUGUUGAAUAUGCAGCCGGCCCAUUUGCUCUAUUUUUCCUGGCAGAAUAUGCAAACAUCAUCAUAAUAAACAUCUUCACAACAACCCUAUUUCUAGGAGCAUUUCACAACCCCUACCUACCAGAACUCUACUCAAUUAAUUUCACCAUUAAAGCUCUCCUUCUAACAUGCUCUUUCCUAUGAAUUCGAGCAUCCUACCCACGAUUUCGAUAUGACCAACUUAUACACCUCCUAUGAAAAAACUUCCUUCCACUCACACUAGCUCUCUGCAUAUGACAUGUCUCACUACCAAUCAUACUAUCCAGCAUCCCACCACAAACAUA